AUGUAGGCUGAAUAAGGAAAGUUCAUUGCAGUUUCGAGAAACAGUUUUAAAGAUAAUUUUAUAAGUUGUUUUAUAUUUCUCAUAGGUACUAUGAGAUAGAAAUUGCAACAUCUUCCGACAACGUUCGAGUUUAAUAGAAAGAAAUUGAACAAAAGUCACCAAAUCUUAUUUUUUGAACCUACGAAGCUCUGAUGUUCAUUAUACACAAUUCGUCCGGAACACGUGGUGGUCAAACAAACGUACACCAUCAAAUCAAGUGUUCAUUUGCAAAAGCUAUGUAAACAAAAUCAGCUGUCAAAAAAAUUAUCAAUCAAUACUUGUACUUGUUUACAGCUAGCUUUACUACACAUACCGUUAAUAUAUUGAUUCGUAUUUCAUCAAGCGGGUUAUUCAACCAACUUUAACUACAUAAUCAAUAGUGUAUUGCUUUAAUAGUAGAAAAUAUCAACGAACAAUCUCACGCACUGCAUGAUAAAGUGAUUUAUAGAUAAGACGGUGGUGUUUCGGAUCUGUCACAUUCUGGUUCAUUCAAGCUGGUAAAAGUGGUUACGCACAUUAAAUUUGCUAGUUUUUUUUCUUUUAAAAUAAGUAUUUGUUCCUGGCGUGCUACGAGUUGUAUCCUUUUUUGCCAUAAUGUCGAGACUGCUGGCGAAAUCACCCCUAGUAAACCGAGUGUUCCGAAGGACCUGUACAAUUACCUCUCUCCCAAAUACUGCCUCGAUUGGAACACCUACUGGAGAACGUGAGGUCGAGGAAGUACGCAUACCGGUGCCGUAUGGAGAAAUAGCUGGCAAAUGGUGGGGACCGAAGGAGGUGCGUCCCAUUGUGGCUUUGCACGGAUGGCAGGACAACGCAGGCACUUUCGAUAAGCUGAUUCCUUUGCUUCCGCCUCACAUAAGCGUAUUGGCUCUGGACUUACCAGGUCACGGUUUGUCGUCUCGAAUUCCCGAUGGAAUGUCCUACAACACUAUGGAUAGCGUUAACUUGCUUACCCGAAUCAUGAUGAUAUAUCGUUGGAAGAAAAUUUCACUGAUGGCCCAUUCUAUGGGUUCCAUCAUAAGCUUUGUGUUCUCAUCCGUGUUCCCGGAUAAUGUUGAUCUGUACGUGGGUAUAGAUGCUCUCAAACCUCACAUUCUGGAAACAGAAAAAGUUGGACCUCGUUUGGAGAGACGCAUUCCCCAGUGGCUGUUGGCAGAUGUUAGGAACCGCGAAAAAAGUAAACCGCCUUGUUACACUUUCGAAGAGCUGGUCGAAAGAUUAUGCAAAGCCACCAACCAAUCGGUUACCAAAGAAACUGCCCCGUAUCUGUUGCAUCGAAACAUACUGAAAUCUGCCACAGAACCCGACAAAUACUAUUUCUCUCGCGACAGUCGUCUCAAAUAUAGUUUCCCGUUGGGCUGGAGCCAGGAGACAUGUGUGGCCCUCGCAAAACGGUUGAUGAUGCCCUACAUGUUCAUCAAGGCCCUUCAUUCGCCGUACUACGAGGAUAAGAAGUACUUUGACGAAGUGGUCGAAGUAGUGAAGAGAAACAAUCCCAACUUUCGACUCGAGUUCGUCGACAGUACACAUCACUUGCAUCUGACCGAACCACACAAAGUGGCACCGAUGAUUACGGAGUUUCUUAACCAGCACUGGCACAAAGAAGAGCUGAGUGCUAGAAAGUGUACUAGAUAGUAGAUAGUAGAAUAAAACGGGUUUCUCCAAUAUUAAUUAUUUACUUAUUUUUUCCCAAAAAUAAAUAUUACCAAUAGAAAUGUUCCACAUGAAUGGACGUAAUUACGUCUAAAGGGAUGGAAUAGUCUUGUUGAAUAAAUAUUGUUUAAGCUACCACACCUCUACUUAAAUUCAAUUGUAGACCUAUUAAAAUACUAAUUUUUCUCAUAAAGCAUCGAAUUAUCUUCAAGGAAACAAUUUCUUUU